UAGACUCGUUUCUGCAAAGGACACCCACACAGACAGGAAGGAGGAGGAAGAAGAGAAAGUGUUGUCAAUUGUUUCCAUUUGGAUAUGUCGCUGCUUUCAGAUCUCAUCAACCUUAACCUUUCAGAAACCACCGACAAGAUCAUCGCCGAGUACAUAUGGAUUGGUGGAUCCGGCAUGGACAUGCGGAGUAAAGCAAGGACACUUCCUGGUCCAGUUAGUGAUCCUUCAGAGCUCCCCAAGUGGAAUUAUGAUGGUUCCAGCACAGGGCAGGCUCCUGGAGAAGACAGCGAAGUCAUCAUAUAUCCUCAAGCUAUUUUCAGGGAUCCAUUUAGGAGGGGCAACAAUAUUCUUGUGAUGUGUGAUGCUUACACCCCGGCUGGUGACCCAAUUCCAACAAAUAAAAGACAUGCUGCUGCUAAAGUCUUCAGCCAUCCUGAUGUUGUUGCUGAAGUGCCCUGGUACGGUAUUGAGCAGGAAUACACCUUGUUGCAAAAAGAUGUUAAAUGGCCAAUUGGGUGGCCUGUUGGGGGUUUCCCUGGUCCCCAGGGGCCAUACUACUGUGGUGUCGGAGCUGACAAGUCUUUUGGGCGAGACGUUGUCGACUCACACUACAAGGCCUGUGUAUAUGCUGGAAUCAACAUUAGUGGUAUUAAUGGAGAAGUGAUGCCUGGCCAGUGGGAAUUUCAAGUUGGACCUGCAGUUGGUAUCUCUGCUGGAGACGAAUUGUGGGUUGCUCGCUACAUCUUGGAGAGGAUUACGGAGAUUGCUGGAGUUGUCCUUUCUUUUGAUCCCAAGCCAAUUCAGGGAGACUGGAAUGGUGCUGGAGCUCACACAAACUAUAGUACAAAGUCAAUGAGGGAAGAUGGAGGCUAUGAGAUCAUCAAGAAAGCUAUUGAGAAGUUGGGGCUCAGGCACAAACAACACAUUGCUGCAUAUGGUGAAGGCAAUGAUCGCAGGCUAACAGGACGACACGAAACAGCUGACAUCAACACAUUCUUAUGGGGUGUUGCCAACCGUGGAGCAUCAAUUCGUGUUGGCCGAGACACGGAGAAGCAAGGAAAAGGGUAUUUUGAGGACAGGAGGCCUGCAUCAAACAUGGAUCCAUAUGUUGUGACUUCCAUGAUUGCAGAAACCACAAUUCUCUGGGAACCAUAAAGCUAGAGCAGAAAGAACUGUGUUUUCAGUGGGAACUUUGUCUCCAUGUGACUUUAACUUGGGAUAUGCAAGCUCUUUGUUUUCUAAUGUUCCUGCUGUUUUUCCAGUUUGCCCUUGUAUGGGAGGUGUAGCAAGGUUUGGUUGUUGCUUCCUUGCAUAUUUGUGAUGUGUUGAAUAAUGUAAAACGCUUUAAAUUCAGUUGAACAUUUUUAUUGGGCAGAA